CAUUUAUACACGCCCCGUUAUACAAAACACUCCCUCGACUAGUACAGUCGUGGGCUCGGAAAAGAAAUGCUACAUUUUGUCUAACCCGUCGUCUAUUCUCGUGCACUGACAGCUUUCUGCUACUACCCAAAUCUCUCACUAUGGUGUCCCAUAAGGAGUUUGAGACUGCAGGAAAAGCUCCUGGUCUGCAGAUAUGGCGCAUUGAGAACAUGGACCUAAAGCCGGUCCCUAAAAAUCUCUAUGGCAAUUUCUUUACGGGUGACGCUUACAUCCUGCUGUACACUACCACGGCACCAUCAUAUUUCAUACAUAUGUGGAUAGGAAAUGAGUGUUCUCAGGAUGAAAGUGGAGCUGCGGCUAUCUUUACUACACAGUUGGAUGAUUUCCUUGGAGGUAGUCCCGUUCAGUUCCGAGAGGUCCAAAACAACGAGUCGACCACCUUCCUGGGCUACUUUAAGUCUGGCAUUAAGUAUAAGCAAGGUGGGGUUGCAUCUGGCUUUCAUCACGUGUCGACCAAUGACGUCGAUGUGAAGCGUCUGCUGCACAUCAAGGGCAGACGGGCAAUCAGAGCCACAGAGGUGGGGAUGACCUGGGCCAACUUUAACAAAGGAGACUGCUUCAUCUUAGACCUGGGGAAGGACAUUUAUCAAUGGUGUGGAAGCGACUGCAAUCGUUUCGAGCGUCUGAAGGCCUCCCAGUUGGCCAUUGAUAUCCGGGACAAUGAAAGGAAUGGCAGGGCCAAGCUGCACAUGGUGGAGGAUGGAGCAGAGCCAGAAGCUAUGACUAAUGUUCUUGGGCCGAAAUCCAGCAUUGCCCCUGCAACUCCAGAUAAUGAUGAAGUAGAAACCUCCAACAAGAAGAAGGGAGCUCUGUUCAUGAUCUCAGAUGCAUCUGGUUCCAUGAAAACAACAGUUGUGGCCCAGACCAGCCCGUUCAAGCAGGAGAUGCUCUCCCCCAAUGAGUGCUACAUCCUGGAUAAUGGAGUUGAUAAGAAUGUGUUUGUGUGGAAAGGACCAAAUGCAAACACAGAGGAGCGCAAAUCGGCAAUGAAGGCAGCAGAGCAGUUUAUCAAAGAGAAAAAUUACUCCAAUAAAACACAGAUCCAGGUGAUGCCUGCAGGGGGCGAGACUACGCUGUUCAAGCAGUUUUUCUCAAACUGGAAGGACAAGGACCAAACCACUGGCCCCAGCAAGGCCUACACCAUAGGCAGCAUAGCCCACGUGGAACAAAUUCCUUUUGAUGCCUCCACCCUUCAUAGUAACAAGGCCAUGGCAGCCCAGCACAACAUGGUCGAUGAUGGUUCCGGAAAAGUCCAGAUUUGGCGUGUGGAAGGAGGGACCCGUGUUCCAGUGGACCCUUCGACCUAUGGUCAGUUCUUUGGGGGAGACUGUUAUCUGAUCCUCUACAGUUACAAGCAGGGAAGCAGAGAGCAGCAUAUCAUCUAUACUUGGCAAGGGCUGAAGUGCACACAGGAUGAGCUGGCAGCUUCUGCCUUCCUUACUGUCCAACUGGAUGACUCCAUGGGUGGAGCCCCAGUUCAGGUGCGUGUGACCCAAGGUCAGGAGCCGCCCCACCUUAUGAGUCUGUUUAAGGGUAAAGCCAUGAUAAUCCACAGUGGAGGCACAUGCCGCACCGGUGGCCAGUCCCAGAUGGGCAGCACACGCCUGUUCCACAUCCGCCAGAGCUCCUCCAAAGCUGCUCGUGCUGUAGAGGUUGAGCCCUCUGCAUCCAACUUAAACACCAAUGAUGUGUUCGUGCUGAAGACGGCAAAUUCUGUGUUUGUGUGGAAAGGGGCUGGUGCCAGCCAGGAUGAAAUGCUUGCUGCUAAACAUGUGGUCAGUGUCCUGGGAGGGAGUGCCACUGAUGUUGCAGAGGGUAAAGAACCAGCUGGAUUCUGGUCAGCUCUGGGAGGAAAGAAGGAUUACCAGACAUCUCCAAAUCUGAAGAACAUGGUCAAACCACCACGCCUGUUCGGUUGCUCCAACAAAACAGGCCGGCUCAUGGUUGAGGAAGUCCCUGGAGACUUCAAUCAGUCAGACUUGGCUACAGAUGAUGUCAUGUUGCUUGACACCUGGGAUCAGAUCUUCCUUUGGAUCGGUAAGGACGCCAAUGAGGUAGAGAAAACCGAGUCACCAAAAAUAGCCAAAGAUUAUGUGGCCUCUGAUCCCUCUGGACGUCAUGGGUUGCCCAUCACAACCAUAAAGCAGGGAGCUGAGCCCCCAACCUACACAGGCUGGUUCCAGGCCUGGGACCCAAAAAUGUGGGACACUGACCCUCUUGAGAGAAUCCGAGCUCGCUUUUAAAUCCAGAGACGUUCUCAUUCACAUUCCUUGGCACAUAUUGUAACUUUCCCCAUUUUUCUGUAUCCAAACAAUUUAUUGAAAUAUCCAACUAAUUUGAGUUAUUAAAACAUGAUCUUAUCAGAUAGCUGUGUGGAUGAGAACCAAAUGGCAUCUUAUAGAAAAAAACUUUUUUAUCUAUUUUAUCAUUUUUUAAUUAUUAGCACUUACAAAAUAACUGCAACAUAAUCCCUUGUUGAGGGUUGCCAUGUUUUACCCUUGCUGUUUACUUGGUGGGCACACUGCCAUUAUGUAUUGCCUUAUUUUUUUCAACAAAUGGCAAAAAUGUCUGGGGGACCAUUGCUUCUUUAAGAUUAUAAGGGAAGCAUUUAUGCAGGCAUAUGGCUUUUAUAUGAGGAAUGGAUUUAUUUUCAACUGUAUUUUUGUUUUAACUUGAUCUUUAAUAAAUCAGGAUUUUGAGAACAUGAA